AUGGACUAUAUCGAAAGCCUCGCCAAGCAGGCGCAACAGCUUACGGUGUAUGACCUGAAAUCAUACUACAACCAGGCGAAAAAUGCCGUCUUGAACGUCAGCGAGAUGGAGGCCAAGGUCAGAGAAGCUACGAACGAUGAUCCCUGGGGAGCCAGCUCGACGUUGAUGCAGCAGAUCGCGGAUGGAACGCACAAUUUCCAGAACUUCAACGAAAUCAUGCCGUGUAUCUACGCCAGAUUCAUGGAGAAAGAAGCUCGCGAGUGGCGCCAGAUCUACAAAGCGCUCACCUUGCUCGAAUUCCUCGUCAAGAACGGCUCGGAGCGAGUCGUCGACGAUGCCCGCGCACACGUAUCGACCAUCAAGAUGCUUCGUUCGUUCCACUACGUCGACGAAAAGGGUAAAGACCAGGGUAUAAACGUCCGAAACCGCGCACAAGAGAUCGCUGCGCUGCUAGUGGACGUCGAGCGAAUCCGGACGGAGCGCAGGAAAGCUCGAGCCAACAAGAACAAGUAUCAGGGGCAGGGGAAUGACGGUGGAGGCGGGAUGAGCUUUGCGACUGGGAAUGGAGGGAGGUAUGGCGGAUUUGGGAGCGAGACGGUGGGCGGUGCGGGCGGUGGUGGAGGUGGAAGCGGUGGAUUUGACGACUAUCCCGGCCGUGCACACCGGUCCGCCCGGGACCGCGACACCCAACAUCGCGAGCAAACCCGCGAGCGCGAGUCGGACCGGGGCCAACCCCAAGAUAACGAAUACGACGAGUACGAAGGUGCGGACGAUUUCGACGAUUCCGGCGCUCCUCCUCGGCGACGCAGCCCCGCUGUUCCCGCUGGUGGCAGCACGCGUCAGGGCGGCAGCAAGCCCCAGCCGCCGCCGAAAGCUGCUCCGCCAAAGAAGGAGGUGAACCUCUUUGAUUUCGGGGAUGAUGAGCCUAUUGGAGCGCCUCCGCCUGUAGCGGCUUCGGCUGGAGCAAGUGGGAGUGCUAACAUCAUGAGUGGUGAUGACGACUUUGACGAUUUCCAGACCGCCCCUUCGACCAACGCCCCCACUCCCGUCCCUUCUUUCACCGCUGCUGCUGCCGCGCCGUCUCGGCCAGCAGGUGCGAACGCCAACCUCUUUGACCUCCUCAACGCUACUUCCAAGCCUCCCACCUCGUCCCAGCCCCCGGCGUACACCCCUCAGACCAGUAACUUUGGGAUGAUGGCCCCCUCCCAGGCUCGGCCCAACUAUACCGCUACGGCCUCAACUCCAUCUACAACUACCAUGGCAUCGGCAGCAGCGCCGAAGCCCAAGCCAUCAGGCGGCGCGUCGACCUUUGACGAUCUCUGGAAUACAUCUUUGUCGACCGUUUCGUCCGCCCCGAGCGGCAGCGGGGUGCAGGGCAAGCAGAGCCUGAAUGAGAUGGGGCAGCAGAAGACCGUGGAUAAGCUAUGGGGGAUGGGGGCUUCUGGAGGCUCUGGGUCUGGGCAGAACGGGGGAGCGGCGGCCAAGCAAGGAGGGGCAGGUGACUUCGAUGAUUUGCUUUUAUGA